AAUCUUAGCUCUCAUUGUCCCACCUGCCUGAUCAGAUGCCAAGAUUCAGAGUGAUGUGGAGACCCUGAGAGCAACUUUCAGCAACUUCACUUCCAACACGAUGGCUGAGGUCCAGGCACUGCACUCCCAGGGUGGCAGUUUGCAAACAACAAUAACAUCUGUGAAAGCUGUGGUGGAAAACCAGGAGCAGGAGCUGCAAGCAGCCUGUAGCCUGAAUGACAAGGUGUUUUCUCUGGAGAGCAAGCUGGAGAGAGAGCAGCAGGAAUUCAAAGCAGAUUAUUCUGAAGUGCUCCUGCAAGUCCAGCAACUGCUCAACGACCUGACCUCCCUAAAUUGUCAGAUGGCUGCGCUCAAGAGCAAUGACUCUCAAAAUACCUGCUGCCCCAUUGGCUGGCUGGAGUAUGAAGACAGCUGCUACUGGUUUUCUCGCUCUCCAUCGACCUUGCCUGAGGCGGAGAAGUCCUGCCAGCUGAAGAACGCCCACCUGGUGGUUUUGAGCUCCUGGAACGAGCAGAAGUUUCUUGAGCAACACAUGUACCGUAUGGACACCUGGAUUGGCCUCACUGAACAACAUGAUCCCUGGACAUGGGUGAAUGGGAUAUACUAUAAUACCGGCUUCCAGAACUGGAGUCCAACGCAGCCAGAAAAUCGGUACUACGAUGGGCAAGAGUACUGUGCCCACUCCGGGACCGAUGACCUAUGGAAGAAUUACCUGUGCGUGAUGCCCUUCCGCUGGGUCUGCGAGACAGAGCUGAGCAGAUCCAGCUCCUAGCCUCCUCUCCCCUAGUCUAUUUCCUUAAUGCUUCCACCUGCUGAGGGAACCUGGGUGGGGAUUCUUUUUUCUGGGGGGCCUCCUGCAUCACCCCAGGGGUUUUCAUCUAGGAUUUGAAGGGAAGGGGAGAGGACAAUGUGUGAGGAAUGUAGAAUGAUGUUUGAUGGGGUGGGUAGAUGAAAAACCACGCCACUCUCUGCAAUUUGCAGGUUAUUAUUGUCAACUUUUUUUAGAAUAAAAAGAAGA